AAGCAGAACGCGGUCAAAGCGCCAUUUUGCAUUUGCAGAAGUGUGUAAUUUUACAGGAGUAUAGGAAAACCUAAUUUAUGUCAGUGAUUAUUUCAAUAAUUUUCUUUCAGUUUCAUGUAAAAGUGAAUCAAUUAAUGGUGUUAUAAUAAUCAAUUGUUAUUCAUUGGUGAAGUUUAUUUUAUUCGCGGUGAUAACGUAGUAAAGUCGGAAUAAGAAAAAAAAAAAAAAUUGUGAAUAGUCGGAGAAGACGCCUGGUGCCAUUGUGCCCUGAGGUUUCGUGACAUAUGAUUAUAAAGCAACAUGUACGGGAACAAUAUUGAUCCCUGGGAACCAGGUUACGGUCCAGAGAGAAGAACUCAUAAUUCAUCAGAUUAUAAUGAUUAUCGCAAUAAUGAUUAUGGAAAUAAUCGUUCGCCCGAUUAUAUAGAGCAUCGUGACAUUGAUCACAGAGAUCGCGAUCAUCGUAAUAAUAGUCCAGAUUAUAGGAGUCAUCGUAGUCGCGAUAGAGACCGUGAACGUGAACGUUCACGUGAUCGACGCGACAGAAGUCGAGAGGAUCGUGAUCGUAGCUAUAGAGACAGAGAUGAUAGAUAUACACGGCAAAGGGAACGCGAUUCAAUUGAAAGGGAACGUGAUCGCGAUCGUGACAGGGAUCGUGAUCGUGAACGUUCACGUAGAGACAGAGAACGCGAUAGAGAAAGAGAUCGAAGGGGUAAAAGAGAUGAUCGAGAUCGUGAUCGAGGCGGUGGUGAUGAUGAGCAUGGUCGUGAAAAUAAUACUGACUAUGAGCAUGAUCAUCGUGCCUAUGGAUCAUCAUUGGAGGGUGUUCACUACAAAUCACAAUCGCCUAAUAACACCAUUAUGAUUCGUGGUCUCGCUCAACAUAUUACUGAAAAUGACGUGCGGCAAGACAUCCUCAAUUGUGGUCUCAUGCCCAAGGACAUCAGGCUAAUCAGGAAAAAGGACACAGGUGCUUCGCGAGGUUUCGCUUUCGUCGAGUUUAACGCGACUCAGGAGGCCGCACGUUGGAUGGAGAUGAAACAGGGAGUGCUGAUGCUUCAAGAUCAAUAUCGUGCACUCAUGCAGUACAGUAUACCAAAAGACGGUCAUGUGGAUAAGCCACCUACGAAGAAUACGCAAGAUUGGCAUUGCGUUAAAUGUGGAGCUCACAAUUUUAAACGUCGAGAGACAUGCUUCAAGUGUUCGGCAUCGCGAGCCGAAAGUGAAGAAGGCGGCGAAGGAAGCGAUGAAAUAAGUUCUCAUCCAACAAAUACUGUUCUCCUUCGUGGUCUAGACGUCCUGACGACCGAAGAUUCAGUUCUUCAAGCAAUGACAAAUCUUUCAUCAAUGCCAAUACGUAGUAUUCGUAUUGGAAGAGAUACACUCACAAAUACAUCGCGAGGUGUUUGUUAUUUGGAAAUGGCGAAUGUUGUGGAUGCAAUGUAUCUUCAUACGGCACUAACAAAACAGGGAUUGGUCGUCGACGGAAGGAAUGUUGAAAUUACUUAUUGUAAACUUCAUCAGGUGAAUAGUGCGAGUCUUUGGAAACCAAGUGAUACACAAAAUCAGAGUUAUACAUUGGACGAUGUGGCUAAACUUGCUGAGUAUAGUGCAAAUUUAUAUGCAAAAACACCAGCGCAAAAGGCACAUUUUCUUCAAUAUUACACGCAAUAUUAUCAAAAUCAAAUAACACAGGGCAGUGCGAUUACAUUACCUUCAAUGAGUCAAACUGAUCGUGUUAAUGCUGCGGCGGCUGUUGCACAAUCGGCAAUUCAACAGCUUCAAGCAUCGAGAAAAUUGGGCGAUUCCGAUGAGAUGAAGAGUAGAUCGUCAACCGCCGCUGCCUCUAGUAGUAGUUCAACAUCUGGAAGAGUUCCUUCUACAGAUGGCAAAACUUAUUCUGUUCCCGAUAUCAGUACGUAUCACUAUGAUGAAUCUUCAGGAUAUUACUAUGAUCCAAGUACAGGAUUGUAUUACGAUCCUAAUUCACAAUAUUACUACAAUAGUCAUACACAACAGUUUCUUUAUUGGGACGCUGAUUCGAUGCAAUAUCUACCAGCUAAGACAUCACCUACUCAAAUUGGACCAGCUGUAACUCCAUCGACUGUUGUCAUUGGAGCAGAGCCAACAACAAAUUUAAAUGCAUCACAAGAUGCACUAAAAGAUGAUGAGAGUAAAAAAAAGGAAACUAAGCAAGAUAAAGUGAAAGUAGCAAAGAAAAUAGCAAAGGACAUGGAACGUUGGGCGAAAACAUUGAAUCAAAAGAAAGAAAAUGCAAAAAGUAAUUGGAGUUCAGAGUAUGUUGGACCAGAUGGUCAACAAGGUUCCGGUAGCGGUGCUGCUGACGCUGGUUAUGCAAUAUUAGAAAAGAAAGCACUAUCAACAGUUUAUCUUGAUGAAGAGGAGCAAGCAAAAAAUAAUGGACUUGUUGCCGCUUAUGGUGGUGGUAGUGACACCGAAGAAGAAAUAGAAGAUGUUCAACAAGAAGAUAAACAGCACACUGAUUGGAUUAAAAUUGCAUGCUUACUUUGUAAACGUCAAUUUCCCAGUAAAGAAGGUUUGGUGCGACAUCAACAAUUAUCAGAUCUUCAUAAACAAAAUCUUGAGCAAUGGUACAAGGUACGUGGUUUAGAUCCAAAUGAUCCACAACAAAGAAAUAAUAAAUAUCGAGAUCGCGCAAAAGAGAGAAGGGCAAAAUAUGGUGAACCUGAACCACCGCAACCAAAUAAAUUGAAGGAGAAAUUUCUUAAAACAAGAGUAGAAGAGAUUAGUGUUUCUUAUGAGGAGCCAACGCGCGCUGGAAUUGGCUCGGAUAAUGUUGGCAAUAAAUUAUUGCAAAAAAUGGGUUGGAGCGAGGGAAUGGGAUUGGGUAAAACAAAUCAAGGGAGAACAAGUAUUAUUGAAACAGAACGUCGAGUACCUACUGCUGGAUUGGGAGCAAAGAGUUCUUCCUACAAUGCAUUGCCUGGUGACACGUACAAGGAUUGUGUUAAGAAAAUGAUGUACGCUCGUUAUCAAGAAUUAUCUGAUACGUAAAAAAUUUUUUUUUUCUUUUUUCAUUUUCAAUUUUAUAUAUGCGCAUCUGAUAAACAAUUUGAUAUUUGUAUCUAUAGAGGAAGAUUUUGAAUUUUUCAUUUUAGAAAAAUGGCGUUGCUUCUUUUUUUUACACAAACUAAUGUUUCUUUUUUAGUUUAGUAAGAAUAGACGAGAGAUAUAAGUUUAAAAGAGAAAAAUGCAAGGAAUCAUUUAAUCGCUUCUAAAAUUUUUAUGUUAUGAAAUCAUUUUAAGCAAGUAUGUACAGUAUUCGAAAAAUCAUCAGGUAAAUUUAAUUGUAAAGUAGGUACCUAUGUUUACUAUGAUUUUUUUUUUUUGUAGAAUAAGUUUAAAACUCGAAAUAAUGUGUUAGAAAAAUAACUAUGUACAUAGAUUUCCUUUUUUUUCUUCGGCGUAUAAUUUUCGAUAUAAAUUUAAGAAUCAAAUUUUUGGAUAUAUGUAAUUUUUUUUCUCUUAAUAUCAUUUAAGAAUAUUUUGUAUAAUUUGAAAAAAUAUGCGCAGAUUUUCAUAUAUAUAUAUAAAGUGUUUUACAUACCAUUCUGAUGCUGUAUAAUUUUUUUUUUUUUUGAGUAUUUUUUUAUUACGAAUUUGCAAAUUUAUUAUUUUCAGUUUGCAUAAGUGUAUGUUUCUACAGCCAUACAUAGUUGAAAAAUGUGAAUUAACUUUAUUUUUAACUCAGUUUAAUUUAUGUAAUUGAGUGAUGAGAAACAUUAAAUAAAAUGUUAAAGCCAA